GAAGUUGCUCCGACCGCAGCAUCUUAAGGACGAUCCUUUAUUUCUGAAGGACACUCACCAUCACCUGGGAAACCAACAAGCCUCCUGCAAUCAUGAGCUCCGAUGCAGAGAUGGCCAUUUUUGGAGAAGCAGCUCCCUACCUCCGGAAACCAGAGAAGGAGAGGAUCGAGGAUCAAAAUCGCCCUUUUGACUCCAAGAAAGCCUGCUUUGCAGUGGAUGAGAAAGAAAUGUAUGUGAAAGGCAUGAUCCAGAGCAGGGAAAAUGACAAGGUCAUCGUCAAAACCCUAGAUGACCGGACGCUCACUCUGAACAGUGACCAGGUGUUCCCCAUGAACCCUCCGAAGUUUGACAAGAUCGAGGACAUGGCCAUGAUGACCCACCUGCAUGAGCCCGCUGUGCUGUACAACCUCAAAGAGCGUUAUGCAGCCUGGAUGAUCUAUACCUACUCAGGGCUCUUCUGUGUCACCGUCAACCCCUACAAGUGGCUGCCGGUGUACAACCCUGAGGUGGUGACAGCCUACAGAGGCAAAAAGCGCCAGGAGGCCCCGCCCCACAUCUUCUCCAUCUCUGACAACGCCUAUCAGUUCAUGCUGACUGAUCGAGACAACCAGUCCAUCCUCAUCACUGGAGAAUCCGGGGCUGGGAAGACGGUGAACACCAAGCGUGUCAUCCAGUACUUUGCAACAAUUGCAGUCACUGGGGACAAGAAGAAGGAACAGCAGCCAGGCAAAAUGCAGGGAACUCUGGAGGAUCAGAUCAUCCAGGCCAACCCCCUCCUGGAGGCCUUUGGGAAUGCCAAGACCGUAAGGAAUGACAACUCCUCAAGAUUCGGAAAGUUCAUCCGGAUUCACUUUGGAGCCACGGGAAAGCUGGCAUCGGCAGACAUCGAAACCUAUCUCUUGGAAAAAUCCAGAGUGACAUUUCAGUUAUCCAGUGAGAGGAGCUAUCAUAUCUUUUAUCAAAUCAUGUCCAACAAGAAGCCAGAACUAAUUGACCUACUUCUGAUUUCAACCAACCCCUUUGACUUCCCCUUCGUGAGUCAAGGAGAGGUCACAGUAGCCAGCAUUGAUGACAGUGAAGAACUCUUGGCCACGGAUAAUGCCAUUGACAUCCUGGGCUUCAGCUCAGAGGAGAAAGUUGGGAUCUACAAGCUGACAGGAGCCGUGAUGCAUUAUGGGAACAUGAAAUUCAAGCAGAAGCAGCGGGAGGAGCAGGCAGAGCCAGACGGUACUGAAGUGGCUGACAAAGCUGGGUACCUGAUGGGUCUGAAUUCUGCAGAAAUGCUGAAAGGCCUGUGCUGUCCAAGGGUGAAGGUGGGGAACGAAUAUGUCACCAAAGGGCAAAAUGUCCAGCAGGUGACAAACUCAGUGGGCGCUCUGGCCAAAGCCGUCUACGAGAAGAUGUUCCUGUGGAUGGUGACCCGCAUCAACCAGCAGCUGGACACCAAGCAGCCCAGGCAGUACUUCAUCGGGGUCUUGGACAUUGCAGGCUUUGAGAUCUUUGAUUUCAACAGCCUGGAGCAGCUGUGCAUCAACUUCACCAAUGAGAAACUGCAACAGUUUUUCAACCACCACAUGUUCGUGCUGGAGCAGGAGGAGUACAAGAAGGAAGGCAUCGAGUGGGAGUUCAUUGAUUUUGGGAUGGACCUGGCUGCCUGCAUUGAGCUCAUUGAGAAGCCCAUGGGCAUCUUCUCCAUCCUGGAAGAGGAGUGCAUGUUCCCCAAGGCCACAGACACCUCCUUCAAGAACAAGCUUUACGACCAGCACCUAGGCAAGUCUGCCAACUUCCAGAAGCCUAAGGUGGUCAAAGGCAAGGCGGAGGCCCACUUCUCACUGGUGCACUACGCGGGCACCGUGGACUACAACAUCGCUGGCUGGCUGGACAAGAACAAGGACCCCCUGAACGAGACCGUGGUUGGGCUCUACCAGAAGUCAUCACUGAAGCUGCUAUCCUUCCUUUUCUCCAACUAUGCGGGUGCAGAAACAGGUGACAGCAGCAAGAAGGGCGGGAAGAAGAAGGGCUCCUCAUUCCAGACCGUGUCGGCCGUGUUCAGGGAAAACUUAAACAAACUGAUGACCAACCUGAGGAGCACUCAUCCGCACUUUGUACGAUGCCUGAUUCCCAAUGAGACCAAGACUCCAGGUGUGAUGGACCACUUCUUGGUCAUGCACCAACUGCGCUGCAACGGGGUCCUGGAGGGCAUCCGCAUCUGCCGCAAAGGCUUCCCCAGCCGGAUCCUCUACGCUGACUUCAAGCAGCGGUACCGGAUCCUCAAUGCCAGUGCCAUCCCAGAAGGGCAGUUCAUUGACAGCAAAAACGCGUCUGAGAAGCUGCUCAGCUCCAUCGACGUGGACCGAGAGCAGUACAAGUUUGGCCACACCAAGGUGUUUUUCAAAGCUGGGCUCUUGGGACUUCUGGAGGAGAUGAGAGAUGAGAAGCUGGUGACUCUGAUGACGCGUACCCAGGCCUUGUGCAGGGGCUACUUGAUGCGGCUGGAGUUCAAGAAGAUGAUGGAGAGGAGGGACGCCAUCUUCUGCAUCCAGUACAACAUCCGCUCCUUCAUGAAUGUCAAGCACUGGCCCUGGAUGAACCUGUUCUUCAAGAUCAAACCCCUGCUCAAGAGCGCAGAGGCCGAGAAAGAGAUGGCCACCAUGAAGGAAGACUUCGAGAGGGCCAAAGAGGAGCUGGCCAGGUCUGAGGCACGCCGGAAGGAGCUGGAGGAGAAGAUGGUGUCCCUGCUGCAGGAGAAGAAUGACCUCCAGCUGCAGGUGCAGUCUGAAACAGCCAACCUGAUGGACGCCGAGGAACGAUGUGAAGGCCUCAUCAAAAGCAAGAUCCAGCUGGAGGCCAAAGUGAAGGAGCUGAACGAGAGGCUGGAGGAGGAGGAGGAGAUCAAUUCUGACCUGGUGGCCAAGAAAAGGACGCUGGAGGAUAAAUGCUCCUCUCUCAAGAGGGACAUCGACGACCUGGAGCUGACCUUGACAAAGGUGGAGAAGGAGAAGCACGCCACAGAGAACAAGGUGAAGAAUCUUUCAGAAGAGAUGACCGCUCUGGAAGAAAACAUCUCGAAGCUGAACAAAGAAAAGAAAUCUCUCCAGGAAGCCCACCAGCAAACGCUGGACGACCUGCAGGUGGAAGAGGACAAAGUCAACAGUCUCAUCAAAACCAAUGCCAAGCUGGAACAGCAGACGGAUGACCUCGAGGGCUCCUUAGAGCAAGAGAAGAAACUGCGGGCAGACCUGGAGAGAGUGAAGAGGAAGCUGGAGGGGGACCUGAAACUGUCGCAGGAGUCCGUGAUGGAUCUGGAAAACGACAAGCAGCAGAUGGACGAGAAGCUGAAGAAGAAGGAGUUUGAAAUCAGCCAGCUCCAGGCCAAAAUUGACGACGAACAGGUUCACAGUUUGCAGUUGCAGAAGAAGAUCAAGGAGCUGCAGGCCCGCACGGAGGAGCUGGAGGAAGAAAUCGAAGCGGAACACACUCUCAGAGCCAAGAUCGAGAAGCAGCGCUCUGACCUCUCCCGGGAACUGGAGGAGAUCAGCGAGCGGCUGGAGGAAGCCAGCGGGGCCACGUCCGCCCAGAUCGAGAUGAACAAGAAGAGGGAGGCUGAGUUCCAGAAGCUGCGCAGGGACCUGGAGGAGGCCACCCUGCAGCACGAAGCCACGGCAGCCACCCUGAGGAAGAAGCACGCAGACAGCGUGGCUGAGCUUGGGGAGCAGAUUGACAACCUGCAGCGGGUCAAGCAGAAGCUGGAGAAAGAGAAAAGCGAGCUCAAGAUGGAGAUCGACGACAUGGCCAGCAACAUCGAGUCGGUCUCCAAGUCAAAGAGUAAUGUAGAAAGACUGUGCCGCUCUGUAGAAGACCAAUUCAAUGAAAUCAAAGCCAAGGACGACCAGCAGACACAGUUAAUCCAUGACCUGAACAUGCAGAAGGCAAGACUGCAGACUCAGAACGGGGAGCUGAGCCAUCAGGUGGAAGAGAAGGAGUCUCUGAUUUCACAGUUAACCAAAAGCAAACAGGCUCUCAGCCAGCAACUGGAGGAGGUUAAGAGGCAACUGGAAGAAGAAACAAAGGCCAAGAACGCCCUGGCCCACGCCCUGCAGUCCUCCCGCCACGACUGCGACCUGUUGCGGGAGCAGUAUGAGGAGGAGCAGGAAGCCAAGGCUGAGCUGCAGAGGGCAAUGUCCAAGGCCAACAGCGAGGUUGCCCAAUGGAGGACCAAGUACGAGACGGACGCCAUCCAGCGCACGGAGGAGCUGGAGGAGGCCAAGAAAAAACUGGCCCAGAGGCUCCAAGAAGCCGAGGAAAACACAGAGACGGCGAACUCCAAGUGUGCUUCCUUGGAGAAGACCAAGCAGAGGCUCCAGGGAGAGGUGGAGGACCUGAUGCGGGACCUGGAGAGGGCCAACACGGCCUGCGCCACCCUGGACAAGAAGCAGAGGAACUUCGACAAGGUCCUUGCUGAGUGGAAGCAAAAGCUGGAUGAAAGUCAGGCUGAGCUGGAAGCCGCUCAGAAGGAGUCCAGGGCCCUGAGCACGGAGAUCUUCAAGAUGCGGAACGCCUAUGAAGAGGUGGUGGACCAGCUGGAGACGGUGCGGCGAGAGAACAAAAAUCUACAGGAAGAGAUUUCUGACUUAACGGAGCAGAUUGCAGAAACUGGCAAGAACCUGCAGGAAGUGGAAAAGACCAAGAAGCAGGUGGAGCAGGAGAAGUCGGACCUCCAGGCUGCCUUAGAAGAGGUGGAGGGUUCCCUGGAACACGAGGAGAGCAAGAUCCUCCGCGUCCAAUUAGAGCUGAAUCAGGUCAAGUCCGAGCUGGACCGCAAAGUCACAGAAAAGGAUGAAGAGAUGGAGCAGCUGAAACGCAACAGCCAGCGGACUGCUGAGGCCAUGCAGAGCGUGCUGGACGCCGAAAUCCGGAGCCGCAAUGAUGCCCUGCGGCUCAAGAAGAAGAUGGAGGGAGAUCUCAACGAGAUGGAGAUCCAGCUGGGCCAUUCCAACCGCCAGGUGGCGGAGACACAGAAACACCUGCGUACGGUCCAGGGCCAGCUUAAGGACGCCCAGCUACACCUGGACGAUGCCCUGAGGAGCAACGAGGAUCUUAAGGAGCAGCUGGCCAUCGUGGAGCGCAGGAACGGCCUCCUGCAGGAAGAGCUAGAGGAGAUGAAGGUGGCCCUGGAGCAGACCGAGCGGACCCGCCGGCUGUCGGAGCAGGAGCUGCUGGACGCCAGCGACCGAGUGCAGCUGCUGCAUUCUCAGAACACCAGCCUGCUGAACACCAAGAAGAAGCUGGAAGCUGACCUGGCUCAGUGCCAGGCAGAGGUGGAGAAUUCCCUGCAGGAGUCCAGGAACGCAGAGGAGAAGGCCAAGAAAGCCAUCACCGACGCGGCCAUGAUGGCGGAGGAGCUGAAGAAGGAGCAGGACACCAGUGCCCACCUGGAGCGCAUGAAGAAGAACCUGGAGCAGACAGUGAAGGACCUGCAGCACCGCCUGGACGAGGCCGAGCAGCUGGCGCUCAAGGGUGGCAAGAAGCAGAUCCAGAAGCUGGAGAACAGGGUGCGGGAGCUGGAAACAGAGCUGGAUGCAGAGCAGAAGAGGGGAGCCGAGGCUCUGAAGGGGGCCCACAAGUACGAACGCAAAGUCAAGGAGAUGACUUACCAGGCUGAGGAGGAUCGUAAGAAUGUCCUCAGACUCCAGGACCUGGUGGACAAGCUGCAGGCCAAGGUCAAGUCUUACAAGAGGCAGGCUGAGGAGGCGGAGGAGCAGGCCAACACACAGCUGUCCAGGUGCCGCCGAGUCCAACACGAGCUGGAGGAGGCGGAGGAACGGGCAGACAUUGCCGAGUCCCAGGUCAACAAGCUCCGGGCCAAGAGCCGGGACGUGGGGGGCCAGAUGAGAGAACGCUCAGAUCGAGUUACCCCUGAGGACAAAGCACUGAAGCCCGAUACCCCAGAUCUCCGCUAA